AUGGCGGCACCCCCUCGACAUGCCACCAUGCUGUCAAUCAGUAAUGGGACACAAUCAGGGGAUAGACCCCAGACACAACAAGCACAGCAAAACACACUACCCCAAUCCCCCGGUCUCCGUGUACCCUCCAAUCGCAAAACAAUCUAUGACCGGCACCUAAACCGAAGUCGCAAUGCAGAGCUCAGCAGGGCAAGCUUCGCCUUUCUCUUCGGCGAGAUGGUCACAUACGCCCAACGCCGGGUAACAGGCAUCCAAGAUCUGGAGAAACGUCUAAACGAACAAGGCUACCCCCUCGGCCUCCGCCUCCUCGACCUCCUCUUCUAUCGCUCAACCUCAACCUCUUCUUCCGCCCUCACAAGCUCCUCAACCUCUUCCUCACCCCCAAAUCGGCCCCUCCGCAUCCUAACCCUCCUCCACCUAAUUCACGGACCCCUCUGGCGGCUCCUCUUCGGCCGCGCCGCAGACGCCCUCGAACACUCCGUCUCCCCAGACACCCCCAACGAGUACAUGAUCACCGACAACGACCCGUUAGUCAACACGUAUAUCAGCGUGCCGCGGGAAAUGAGCAUGCUCAACUGUGCGGCGUUUGUGGCGGGCGUUAUCGAGGGCGUUUGUGAUGGCUGUGGCUUUGAGACGAAGGUUUCGGCGCAUAAUCAGCCCACGGAGCUUUGGCCCAGUCGGACGGUGUUCUUGGUUCGCUUUGGCGAUACGGUUAUGGAGAGGGAGAAGGUGCUUGAGCGGGCGGGUGUUAAAUGA